UCACACUCACUCCUACCUGAAUGCUGGAGGAACAAAUCUCUACAUCUUCAGACUCAUCCACUCCUGGUCCCAAACAACUGCAGCCAUGAAUGUAGGAAUCUGUGUGUGUGUUCUGCUGGCUGCUUUGUCCAGUGGUUCCCUGAGUCUGCCCUCACAUCUAAUGUCACAAAGACCUGAGGGUGAGGCUCUUGCGUCAGACAGCCUGUCUCCCCCCUCACCCAGCCACACACGCCACGCCCGCUCAGCUCCGGCACCCCCAUCAGGCUUGCUGACCAACUACAACCAAAAGCAGGAGGACGCAGACGCUCGGAGCGGCCUGAGCCAGCUCCUGGCCAAACUCAUCUCCAGGAAAGUCUCCCCCUACCACAGCAGAAGCUCCCUGACCAGCAGAGCCAGCGGUAUGUCCCCCGGCCACAGGAUAAAGGACAGAGAUUACCUCGGCUGGAUGGACUUUGGACGACGCAGUGCAGAGGAAUAUGAAUACUCCUCCUAAAGGCAUGGCUUGCUCUCACUGAAACCUAAGUUACAUCCCCCAACAUCACCAAUAAACGCCCCCAAGAAUAACAAGCCCUUUUCGCACGGCACUUACUGGAACCAAAGGGGCUGAAUUGACUGACCCCUAGAGGGAGUUUAGCAUUGUGAUAAGCGAGAAAGGAGGAAAAAAAAAUCUAUCUGCAAAUCAUAAUGGUCCCCGAAGAGCACUUUCCACAGUAUGACUGAAACACAUUAAAGCACAAAAUUUAUAUUUACAGAAAUGUCUGAAAAUAUUCAAUGUUGUGCUUCUUGGAAGUAAAUCCUGUGAAAAAAAAACCUCUAACUUACUGUAUGUAAAUCCAUUUCAAACCUGUCUGUGGCUCAAUGUGAGUCUCUGUGAGUCAGGCUCAAUGGUUCCUGUUGAAGACUAAAAUCGUUUAAAAAAAACUCACUUAUAAAGUUUGACUUUUUAAAGAAGCAUUCAGUUACAGCAAAGAAAAUGUCCAUGAGAAUAUAUAGUAGUUCACAGGUUUGGAUCUACUUUCAGCAGAGGAUUAAUACACAUUUAGUGCUCUAGAAAGCAGAUUGACUGAGCCCAAAUAAACUAACUGUGCAUGUGUGUGUCA